AUGUCGCUUCAGAUACCCAUGACUCACCGUACCAAGGACAGCACCACCAAGGCGGUCAUCCUGGUCGGUGGUCCCUCGCGCGGCACUCGCUUCCGCCCUCUGUCCCUCGACGUCCCCAAGCCUCUAUUCGAUGUGGCCGGCCACCCGAUCAUCUGGCACUGCCUGUCUGCCAUUGCGGCGGUUGGGUCGAUCCACGACGUCUGCAUAAUCGGCUACUACGACGAGACAGUGUUCCGCGAUGUCAUCAAGGAUGCGAUGAAGGAAUUCCCGAGCAUCACUUCGAUAAAAUACCUGCGCGAGUACCAGGCUCUGGGCACGGCUGGCGGCCUGUAUCACUUCCGCGACGCCAUCCUCAAGGGCCGUCCUGACAGACUGCUCGUCCUGAACGCCGAUGUGUGCUGCUCCUUCCCCCUUGGCGACAUGCUCAAGCUCUUUGACGACAAGGACGCCGAGGCCGUCAUCCUAGGCACGCGCGUCAGCGACGAGGCCGCCACCAACUUUGGGUGCAUCGUGUCCGACGCCCACACCCGCCGCGUGCUACACUACGUCGAGAAGCCCGAGUCCCACAUCAGCAACCUCAUCAACUGCGGCGUCUACCUCUUCUCGACCGAGGCCAUCUUCCCCAGCAUCCGGUCUGCUAUUAAGCGUCGCACCGACCGCCCCGCCCGCCUCGUCUCCUACCCUUCCUCCGAGAACCUCGAGCUCUUCACCUCUGCCAAGAACGCCGGUGCUGGCGGCGGUGAUGACGACGAAGAGGAGCAGCGCAAAAACGAAGUCAUCCGUCUUGAGCAGGACAUCCUCGGCGAUCUGGCAGACAGCAAGCAGUUCUUUGUCUGCGAGACCAAGGAUUUCUGGCGUCAGAUCAAGACGGCCGGUUCUGCCGUACCCGCCAACGCUCUCUACCUCCAGAGGGCCUGGCAGCGCGGCGACAAGGAGCUCUCGGCCGCUAGUGCCAACAUUGUCCCUCCCGUCUUCAUCCACCCUACAGCCCAGAUUCACCCCACGGCCAAGAUCGGCCCCAACGUCAGCGUCGGUCCUCGUGCCGUCAUUGGCGCUGGCGCCCGUGUCAAGGAGUCCAUUGUCCUCGAGGACUCUGAGAUUCGCCACGACGCCUGCGUCCUCUACUCCAUCAUCGGAUGGGGAAGCCGCGUCGGCGCCUGGGCCCGUGUCGAGGGUACCCCCACUCCCGUCACGGACCAUUCCACCAGCAUCAUCAAGAAUGGCAUCAAGGUUCAGAGCAUUACUAUUCUCGGAAAGGACUGCGCUGUUGGUGAUGAAGUCUGUGUGCAAAACUGCGUCUGCCUCCCGUACAAGGAGCUCAAGCGGGAUGUUGCGAACGAAAUCAUCAUGUAA